AGAAUAUGCCUGGUAAUUUACGAGCAGAAGUUUUAAGAAUUUAUAAAAAAUUGCAUAGGACUCGUCAGGAAAUUUUUCAGCAAGAUGAGCAUGCUUUAACAGUUUUACGAAGAAAACUUUAUGAAGAAUUUAAAAAAAAUAAAAAUGUAACUGAUGAAUCAUCUAUUAAAGAGCUGAUUAAAUUUGCAAAUGAAGUGGACCAUGAAUUUCGAACUACUGUAAUUCAAAUUUGUGAAAAAAGACCAGGAGUAUUUGAAGCACGUAUUACUGAAUAUACACAGAUGCAUGAUAAUAUCCCUUAUGGUCAAAAAGUUGAUAAAUCUCUUUUUAAACAUGUGAAAUGUCCCAGUCUACCAAAAAAAUAAAUGCAAAGCAAUGUAUCAUGUAAAUAAAUUUAUGUAAAAAU